CUUUUUAAACUUUAGUUUUAUUAUUUUUCUUCACACCUGCUCCAUGAACACCUCACAGUCCUCUGCUUCUCUUAGCUUUAUCUCUGCUACAACUGCCUCAAUGCAAACACCUACAUAUCAAUUACACUUUGGACUGAUUAGUUGUUAUAAAUGUAAGAAAGCAGAGCUUCCAGAGUUUCACCUUUUAACAGUUUAAAAUCUCAUAUUCAGUUUCCAACAGAAAAUUCUCACAUUAGAAGAGUUGUCACUGAUGAACAAACUCUAAUUGUCUUUCCAUUAAUUAAUAAACUAAAUGACUCGUUCUGCACAGAAUGAAAGUUUCUGUGUAACAGUGGCAGACAACUUUAUCUGAUUUUCCUUCUGUGACGUGAACGCAGCAGGACUGAGGCCUCCUCAGGGAUCAGAUGGUCAAUAGCUCUCAUAAAGUUGUUAGUGGCUUCUAAUUAAACCUGAGUGCUUUGUGGAGACGCUGCGCUCAACAGCACAAAUGGCGCUAUGGAAACUGAGACACAGGAGAAAAGGCGCAAACUUUCCCUUUGAUGAGUCCAUCAAUUAGCAUCACAAGCGGCGUUCACGUGUCCUACCAGCGUAAAAUCUGCACAUUGGCAAAUACUGACAAGUCAAAGCACAAAGAGGAACACGGAGGCAAAGAAAGGAGGCACAUUUUAACCAGAUGCCCGGCAAUAAAUAACAGACUCGGUGCCCCCACCAACCCCACCCCAGCUGAGAGGAGGGCAUUUGCAUAUUGAAGUGGCGGCACGGGGGUCCAGCGGGGCCGGAGCGUGUCCGCGCAGGAAACACCGAGGCUCCAAUUGUUCCAGCAAGACGCAUGGCUUCGUUUGGGUAACGUUUUGAAUGAAAUGUAAAUGUCAUUUAAAGCGCCCCGGCGGCGUGUGCAGAGGCUGUGGGACGUAUAUAAACCCCCGGAGAGGACGGGCACCGACACACCGCCGCCUGCGUCCUGACCGGUCCACACACACACACUGACAUGCAGCCAGGUGCAGCCAAGUUACCGCUGAUCCACAGGACAGCUUUCUCUGUGGAGGACAUUCUGGACCCGAGGAAAUUUACAAGGAAAAUUAUCAGUGCUGAUGCAGCAGCAACAGAAGCUUCUACUAAAAGAGAUGGGCCCGGAGAGAAGCAGCAUCCUCCCGCAGGUGAGAGCUGCAGCCCGGAGGAGGCGGCUCCGUGUCCGGAGAAGCUCCGGGGGUCAAAGGCGAAGAGCCGGCGGAUCCGCACCGCCUUCACCGCGGAGCAGCUGCAGAUCCUGGAGCGCAGCUUCCGGAGGUGCCACUACCUGUCGGUGCUGGAGCGGCACACCAUCGCCACGGCCCUGCGCCUCUCCGAGACCCAGGUCAAGAUCUGGUUCCAGAACAGACGCACCAAGUGGAAGAAGGAGCGUGUGCAGGGGAGCGGGCCGGAGGAAGAAGCCGGCUUCAGCUCACACCCCGCCGCUGUCUGCUCCUCUCUGUGCUGCCCGCAGAGACCUCCGCUGCAGCUGUCUGCGCCGCUGCCGCUGCCGCUGCUUCCCUAUCAUCUGUACUACAGACUGCACUGACGACUGAGCACAUGAUGGACUCACAUGGAGCAUCUCCAGACGGAGCUGCUGCAAAAUAUGGCACUAUACUAACAACACUGAGGAGAGCUGUGAAAGUGCCGAGUGUAGAAAUGACAACAGAUAAGAAAUGUUAAAUAUUUUCUAAUGUAAUUAUACAAUAACUUAUUUUGAUAAACAUUUUUUAUUGAAGUUGGCUCCUUGUUUCGUUGUUUUCUGAUAAAGUCUGUAGUAGGAUUCCUACAGAGAGAGGAAGAUCCUUUAGUUUAACCAGAAACAUCACUGUAUAUCAAUACCAGACUCCAUU